AUGGGCGGUGGAAACGGUGCCAAAGCUGCGCAGAAACGCGAACGCAACGCUGCCAAAGCUGGCAAGACGGCCAAUUCGACCCUCAAAUCAAACGAAGCACAGAAGAACAUCAUUUGCCAGACUUGUCGUCAAGCUUUCUUCGUGACAACCCGUGCACCCGCACUCGAAGAGCACUCGCAGAAUAAACAUAGCAAGACCAUCGCAGAGUGCUUCCCGGACUUCAAAGCGUGA